UCACAUAUGAGACGUUGGAGGAUAUUUUACACACCGAACCGUGAGCUUUUAUCCUGAAAGCUGCAGGACUCACCCCGGCGCGUGCGCUCACUAGCUAUUUAACACAUUUGAAAUUAAUGACAUCAUAAUAAUCUCCUUUAUUGCUGAAAUCUGGCUGAGGUCUGGGGUGGUUUGGUGUCUGACACUGGAGAACUUAUGGGAGGCUUGUGCUCUCCACCGGCGAGAUAGCCCAGAUUUUUUUAUUAUUAUUAUUAUUAUUGGUAUUAUUAUUAUUAUUAUUAAUAUUACUGAAUUUUUGGGGUUCCUGUCGCGUGCACAGAAUCCGUGCAUUGCGGUUUGAUUUGAAUAAUUCAUUCCGCGCAACGAAACAAGGAGAGAGAACGAGAAGCACAGCCCAAGCAGCAGAGGAAGGGAGGAAGCAAGCAAGGAAGGAAGGAAGGAAGGAAGGAAAGAAGGACGGAAAAAAACGCAGAGAAAGCCAAACGAGCCUUUUAUUUAAAGCCUGAUUUGGAUUUUUUUUUUUUUUAAGCAGCAAAAGACCAUCUGCAAGCUUGAUUAAAGAGACAAACCCAUCCAAGCCGACACAGCCCCGGGUGUGUGUGUGAUUGUGCGUGUGUGUGUGUGUGUGUGUGUGUGUGUGUGAGAGAGAGAGAGAGCUUCAGGUCCAUUUGGAGAAAUGCAGUGAUUUUUCUGCUGCGUUUUUGCAGGCCUGCUUCACGGCCAUCAUGUGCGUUCGGGUCUGAAUUUUUCUCCAGGAACAAGAGAUCAGACUGAAGCACUUCCUCAAGCUGUCAGCUCUGUAGUCUUCCUGUGCUGAGGACGACAAGCUUAAAGACCAGGUGGUUGUGGGAGUGACUGAGGUUAAAGGUCAAAGGUCAUUUCAAGAUGAGUGAGCUGGAGCAGCUUCGACAGGAGGCUGAGCAGCUGAAGAACCAGAUACGAGAUGCAAGGAAAGCAUGUGGAGACUCUACACUUACUCAGAUAACAGCAGGACUGGACCCAGUGGGUAGGAUUCAGAUGCGGACAAGGCGUACUCUCAGAGGUCAUUUAGCCAAAAUCUACGCCAUGCACUGGGGCUCCGACUCCAGGCUCCUGGUCAGCGCUUCACAAGAUGGCAAACUCAUCAUCUGGGACAGUUACACCACUAACAAGAUCCAUGCCAUCCCACUGCGCUCGUCAUGGGUGAUGACGUGUGCUUACGCUCCGUCUGGAAACUUCGUAGCCUGCGGCGGUCUGGACAACAUCUGCUCCAUCUACAGCCUGAAGACCCGCGAGGGCAACGUGCGAGUCAGCCGAGAGCUCCCUGGACACACGGGUUACCUUUCCUGCUGUCGUUUUAUUGAUGACAAUCAGAUCAUCACGAGUUCCGGAGAUACCACCUGUGCUCUGUGGGACAUCGAGACAGGCCAGCAGACCACGCUGUUCUCAGGUCACAGUGGAGACGUGAUGAGUUUGUCCUUGUCUCCGGAUUCGCGCACGUUCAUUUCAGGCGCGUGUGACGCCUCGAUCAAACUGUGGGAUGUCAGAGACAGCAUGUGCAGACAGACCUUUACGGGCCACGAGUCCGACAUCAAUGCUGUGUGUUUCUUCCCCAGCGGCAGUGCGUUUGCCACGGGCUCAGAUGAUGCCACAUGCCGCUUGUUCGACCUGCGUGCGGAUCAGGAGCUCGGCCUUUAUUCGCACGACAACAUCAUCUGCGGCAUCACGUCAGUGGCGUUCUCACGCUCAGGCCGGCUGCUGCUCGCCGGCUAUGAUGACUUCAACUGCAACAUCUGGGAUGCCAUGAAAGGAGACCGUGCAGGAGUCCUGGCCGGCCAUGACAAUCGCGUGAGCUGUCUCGGCGUGACCGACGACGGCAUGGCCGUGUGCACUGGCUCCUGGGACAGCUUCCUCAAGAUCUGGAACUGACAUCUCUCUCUCUCUCUCUCAAACACACACACACAUUACUACACACUGUAUGCCUGUUUUACUGUAUAUAUACACGACAAAAACACACACACACACACACACGCACAAACUCUGACGCGUAUUGUACAUAAUAUAUUAUGCCAACUAGGUAUCUUGAGUUGUUUACUAUGGUAAUUGCUUUGUAUACAUAACCGCACCUGAAUCUGUACACCAGUAACUGUGGAUGCAGGUCACAGGUUUGACCCACUGAAGCUAAACACGAAUGUUCUUUCUUUCUCUCUCUUUCUGUCUCUCUCUCUCACUCUCUCUCACACACACACACACACACACACACACUCUCACUCUGUACAUGUUUGCAGAGGACUUAAACACAAUGUAGAAUAUACACUCAAACUCUUAAGUGACUCAAAAACACACUCGGAGAAAAAGGGGAAGGAGAUUUGUUGAAUUGCGAGUCCAGUAAUUUGGGAUUGUAUUUAUGUUUAUUUGGACACACACACUGCUAGUCUUGGGCUCUGAGAAGACAAGAGAUGAUGAUCUUUAGGACUUUGUUUUUGCAUUUCAUAUCUGAACGGCGUUUUCAUUUUACACGCGUCUGAAAUGGACAUGUGCCUAUAAUUGAUAAUACGAUACACCACGGUAUUAAGAACACAGUAUUGCUAUUGUAUACCCUUUAGGGAAGCUGAAUGGUUACAUGUGAUGUAGCUAGAUAACGGUACCCAACAGCCAGGCAUCUUAGCCAUUAGCAGUUAUGUCAGCUUAAUACAAAGCAAACUUUUUUUUUUUUUUUUGCAUACAAUUGCAAAAAAUAUAGCUGCAUGCAGUGAUCAAGGGGUCCAAGCACCAGGAGCUUGGAAAUUGGGGGAAACUGUAGAACAUCUACUAGGUAAUGAUAACCCAUGUUUUUCCACCCUGAGAUAAAAUGGUAUUUAGAUGCAGCAUAAAAAAUAUCAGCUUGAUUGGACAAAGCACCACCGCCGUAGUGCGUACGCCUGUCAAUUAUGUGCCGUGUUUUUUUGUUGUUUUUUUUUUUUUCCCCCAAUGAUCAGGUCAUCCUUAGAAGCUCUAUCCUAGCUAGCUCAAAGAUACAGCAUGCAACAUUCCAACUCGAUCACACAAGUGAUUGCUGAGAAACACUUUCAUAUUGUCGUGCCAUGUGUGUAUGUGCUUAACAAGUAUGUGGUGCUUGGACCCCUAAAGUCCCCUGGCUAAAAUGUUCCCCAAAGAGAAAAGGUACAGAAAUAUUAAUUUUUUUUUUUUAAAUAUUGCAAUAUUAUUGUAAUUUGUGUUAAAGGGUUUGGCAAUUAUGAUAUUAACCCAAAUUCAGUAUCAGCACAUGCCUAGUGUAACGCAGGUAUUGUGACAUUGUACUAAAAGACUAAAAAAAAAAGGACUGAGGAAUAGAAGCAUGUAAGAAUGACAUGAUUUUCCAUCACGCCAAAUUGUUUUAGAUGACUGAAAUUUCGCACUUAAUUUUAAAAUAGACACCUGUGGCAUAUACAAGUAAAUAUAUGAUGGUUUUUGUUUUAAUGUUUUGUUUAUAUUCUGAUUUUCUAUGCUUAUUUUAUUCAUGUUUUCCCUGCGUGCCUCAGAUAACACUGUAAGGACAAUAAAUAAAAGUUGAAGAAGUGUAAAAAAAAAAUGGAUUCUGUUUUUAAAAAAAUUUAUUAGUUUGCACUAGAAAAAAAUAAACUGAGACAGAAAAAGAAACCACACACGUUUUUAAACUGAUAAAGAUAUUUUUUUUUAUUUUCAAACAAUCCUGUAUUUAAGACAUUACAGAUGUAUGAUUUCAUCCCGAACACUGUAAAACUGAAAACCAUCAGGUCAUUAAAAUCAUCUCAAAUCUGCUCUCAAACGUAAACACACAAAAAAAAAUCAGUGUGUCAGAUAUCUAUUUUAAAUUUAAACUAAAGCUUUCAGGAUAGGAGGGUAACAAUGGAAAAAAAAAAGAAGGAAUUAUUAACCCAUCACAGAGGAUAUCAACUUUAAAGACUUUCUGUUGACCUUUGACCACUCCUGGUUACGCAAUUAGAAUCAACCAAAGACACGCCAAAAAAAAAAAAAAAAAAAAAAAAUUUUUACAAAA